CUGAAAAUUAACUUGUCAAAUCCAUCAUCCUUCAUUAAUACUUUAUUUUGACAAUUUGGUGACAAACACCCUAUAUAUAGACCCCCUCCUCCAUUUUGUGAUUCACACACUCCUCGCAUAUAGAGAGAGAUGACUUGUGAGACUAAAACAUGGAUGGUUUUGCAUCUUCUUCUCCUCGGUGCAAGUUGCAUGUAACAUUGUAUCUCCCCAUCAAGUGUUUUGUCUUUUUAUAUUUGAUGACUCCUUGUCUAACAAUGAAAACAACAACGAUCUUCCAACAUCUACAAAAAACUAAUUACAAUUCAUAUGACAUUGACUUUCCUAAUGGCCCAACAGGAAGAUUUACAAAUGGAUUAACAACAAUUGACAUAAUCGGUAAUAUUAAUUAAGACUCUUUAUCUAUCUCAACUCAAAGAUGAUUGUAAAUUCCUUCAUCUUGUGAUUCACACACACUCCUCAUUUUCUUCUUACAUAAUACAUAUAGAGAGAUGGCUUGUGAGACAAAAAUAUGGUUGGUAUUGCAUUUUCUUCUCUUGGCUGCAUGUUGCAUGCAACAUUGUGUCCAUGGAGUAUCUCAAGUUCCUUGUCUUUUUAUAUUUGGUGACUCUUUGUCUGACACCGGAAACAACAACAAUCUUUCAACAUCUGCAAAACCUAUUUACCAUCCAUAUGGCAUCGAGCACCCACAUGGUCCAACCGGAAGGUUUAGCGAUGGAUAUACAACAAUUGACAUAAUUGCCCAACUACUUGAAUUCGAGAAUCCAAUCCCACCAUUUGCAAACCUUAGUGGGUCAGACAUACUUAAAGGAGUUAACUAUGCAUCUGGUUCAGCUGGAAUUCGUGAAGAGACAGGCAAACAAUUGGGUAAUAAUAUCCCCUUGGGAUUACAGUUAAAAAAUCAUAGAAUCAUAAUUUCUCAAAUUGCUACGAAGCUUGGAGGUUUAACACAAGCCAUGCAAUAUCUAAAUAAAUGCUUAUAUUAUGUGAAUAUAGGAAGCAACGAUUACAUGAACAAUUAUUUCCAACCACAAUACUACUCAACAAGUCGCAACUAUACUCCCGAACAGUAUGCUGAAGUUCUUGUUAAGCACUUGUCCCAAUAUAUACAGGAUUUGCAUGGUAUUGGGGCAAGAAAAUUUGCGCUAUAUGGGGUGGGCUAUGUAGGUUGCUCUCCAAAUUCAAUCGCUACUCGCGGCACAAAUGGAUCAUGUAUUAAACAGGAGAAUCUUGAUGCAUUAAUCUUUAGUCAUAAACUUAGAGAUCUGGUCGAUCAAAACAAUAACCAGUAUCAUGAUUCCAAAUAUAUCUUUAUAAAUAGUACUGCCAUCAAGAUUAAUAGUUCACUUGGUUUUACAGUUAUCCAUGCUCCUUGUUGUCCAAUGAGGUCGGAUGGGAUGUGUAUACCUGGAUCAAAACCAUGCUCUAAUAGAAAAGAGUAUGCUUUUUAUGAUGGAUUUCAUCCCACAUUUGCUUUGAACUCGAUCACUGCAUCAAUUAUAUACAAUAGUACUGUUAGUCCAGGAGUGACUUAUCCAAUCAAUGUCCAACAACUCGCACAACUUGUCAUUUCAUGAAUUACUUCAACUUGCAAUCACGUCCUUAGUUAAUCUUAGCUAGCUUUUUUGCAUACAUAUUGAGUAGAAUAUAUUAGAAUUUUUUCAUAAAUGUUUGACUGUUGGGAUUAUUUUUCUAUGUAAUAAUUAAGAUGUUGUAAACUUGAAUUGAGUUGAUUAAUCUCAAUUUGCAACAUUCACACACUCACAACUCACAACUCACGCUAGAUGUGGUGAUAAAUUUAUUUCAAAUCGGUCCAAUGCCUUUUUAUAUGAAUACUAAUAAAGUACCCAUGCAUUUGCUCCGGUUGAGGGAGGUUGUAUUAAUUUGAUAGUUCGAUAAAAUU